GUGCAUCAUGUGACAUUUAAAAUGUAUUUAAGUGUCACUCCACAAUAAUCAAUGAUUUUUAAACACAUUGAGGACCACUCCUAUGGAGUUUUAAAACACAAAAACAAUCCUAGUCAAACAUGGUACAGGCGUCAUCUAGAAUGCAUUACAUCAUCUAUACACAUGUAUGCAUAAACAGUGGAUAAAAGGGCAGUUAGGCAGUUAUAACGGACCGUCUCCAUUGAAGGAUAAGAUGGAAGGCUUUGGUGCAGGAAUUUACAUGAUUGUUACUUGAUAAAAUGUCACAUCAUUUAUUAUGGUCAUCAAUACCGUUAACAUGUUUCAUUUGGCUGGAGAGCUGACAUCAUUUAGUUUUAUAACCCACAGUAAAGCAAGGCAUGUGACUGGGCUUCAUGUGAAACAACCGUCCAGCAGCUUUAUCCUCCAAAGACUCACUUCACUGGCUCAAAAAGCCUGGUCCCAAAUCUGUUUCACUCUAAUGAGUUGGCAAGACAGCACAAACAAAUCUGGGACUGGGCUACAAAAAGAAAGCCUCCUUCCCCCAGGAAAUCUCACAGUGUGAAUGACUGACUGUUCACUGUUCCAGCAGGAGCUAUGUGACUGUUCACUGUUCCAGCAGGAGCUAUGUGACUGUUCACUGUUCCAGCAGGAGCUAUGUGACUCUUCACUGUUCCAGCAGGAGCUAUGUGACUCUUCACUGUUCCAGCAGGAGCUAUGUGACUCUUCACUGUUCCAGCAGGAGCUAUGUGACUCUUCACUGUUCCAGCAGGAGCUAUGUGACUGUGAAGUUUCCUGGUUAUGAGUUGUAUUUUAUUUCACCAUCUCUUGCUGUUGAGCACAUGUUUUCUGUCUCCUUUUCCAUGUUGUGCUGAAGCGUGUAUAGAAUGCAUUGUUUUCUUGUUGGGUUCAGUAGCCUAAAGCUAUGAGGAGCAAAGAGAUCAGGCUCCUGGCUAUCUGAAUGGGAGAAGAGUACCAGGAAGAAACCCUUGGUGAGCUUUGGGUUGGUCAUCAUGACUUACAAAAAAUGUUAUCAAAUGUGCCCACACAGAACACAUUUAAAUGUACCAGUUCAUUAUUCAAGUCUAGUUGGCCAAUAUGAUUAUGGGGUGUUAAUUAAACAUUGUUCCAUGAGAAGUUUUAACCCCAAAAAUCUAGGUUUAGUUGCUCGUUAGAAAUGGAUGAAGGAAACUUAGAACAUAAUGCACUUACUCACACUCAGUGGAAUAUGUGUUGCUUUAUUAUAUUCACUUUUGUCAAUUAAAUGAAUAUAGGCUAGUGUUUGUGAUAUUACUGGCGGGCUAUAAUACGUUAUUGACAGUUCAGUCUACUGUGUACCGCGUUCAUUCCAAGCAGGAAAAUAACGGUUCAUAUCCAGUGAUCUGAUUCAUAGACUCUUUAGCCAGCCGCGUACAUCGCAGGUCUUGUCAGUUUAGUUCAGAUGCCGCCCUUUCCUUACUGUAGGCUACAGAGAAUGAAACUUUGGCUACUAGCUUUGGGCCUAUGCAUGAGUUGCCUAAAGAAGACAGUCGACAUUCUGAAGAGACAAACAUGAAAUGGACUUAACUUACACGGAUAUGAUCAUGUAGCCUACAGUGUUUCUGGUGUUCAUAAAUCGUGCGCAUGGCAGCUGACUUGCACAACAUCGGGCCUGAGACCGGGGAUUUGCUCACUGUACUGUGUGAACCUGAGAAGUAGCCUAGUACACGGAUCCGUGACCUGAAGCAGGAGCUGGACAAGGAGGACAGUCGCUGCUCCCUGCUCUCCCGGCAACAUCGCUACAUCUGCUGCUGCUCUCCCUUCACCUUCCUGGUCAACCCCAUGUGCCAGUGUCUGGACUGCCAGUACAACGUCUGCAAGACCUGCACUUCUACAGCAAGAAAGACAAAGCCUGGGUCUGUUCCGUGUGGUGGAAGGGCAGAGUACAGCAAAGACCCUCACAGUGGCACUGAGGGUGGCAGAGGAGGCCAUCGACGAGGCAGAGGGAUACACCGACAAUCAGGAUAUGCAGAGUGAAGCUAGGUAUUUGCGGGACCACAGGGAGGAGCUGAUUGAGGAGCUGGCCACAACCAUCGUACAGACAAUCAUCCGGCGGAGGAAGAACCUGGUUGAGAUGAAGCCAAACUGUGACCUGGACUGGCCCCCAGCCAACCAGAGGGGUGAAAAGCCUUUGGCUUCAAGCUGCCCCAGCUCCCAGCCCCAGAUCACCACAUCAGUCCACGCCAAGUGCUUCGGGGUUUCCCAGGACUCUCAGCAGGGGCUGAAGGAGGAGGGAGGAGCGCCAGGGUUGGCCAGCUGGAAGAGUAUUGACUGCCUGGACAACUCCAUGCUGAAGAGCCCUGACGGGAACUGGAUCGCCUUGCAGAGCACCCAGCUCUCUCGGCCAAGCCUGCUGACCAAGUGGAAGUCGCUGGUAUUCAGUGUCCUGGAGUGGGAAUUCGGUGUGAUAUCCGCCUGCAACGAAAUGGUCUCUUACGACGCCGAGGGGGCCUGGGACGCUGCCCUGCUGGAGAUACGCAGGAAGAUGACCUCCAACAACAACCAGGGGUCAGAGGCUCCAGACUCCCAGGCCUCUGCUGGCCAGAAACCCAGCAUCCCAUUACACUCGCUGGGCCACCACGCAAGCACGAACACCCUCAACUUUGAGUCUGAGGGAGGAGAAGGUCAGGUUGGGGGUCAAGGGUCGAAGCUCCAGAAGCUUCAUCUCGCCUCCCUGAAGAGAGAAAGAGAUCGGGAGGAAGAGAGGUUAUGGCAUAUGGAGGUAGAGAUGGAGGGAGGAAGAGUGGAAGAGAAUAAAGAGGAGAAGAAGACAAAGGAGAGGGAGGGAUUUGGAGGAGGAGAGUCAACAUUUAUCAAUCUGGCUAGUCAGAGGUACUCGGAGGUGUCACUGCACAGUAUCACCACUGAGGUGCUGAAGGUGUUAAACGCAACAGAAGACCGACUCCAAGGGGUGGAGGGGGAUGACUGCAUCCCCUCACUGUCCCCCAACACUGACACAAAGAGGCUGGACAAACAACUCAGCAGACUGGAGGAUAAUGUGUACGUGGUGGCGGGCACAGCUUACGGUUUGGAGGCGGAGCUUGGCGACCUGGAGGACUGUGCCCGGGCCAUCGGCGGUGCCACCUCAGACCUGGAGCUGUCCUACCUGGAGGAGCAGGUGGCAACGGCUUCCGCCCAGGUGCAGCAGUCUGACCUCCAGGUGUCGGAAAUCGCAGACAGGAUCGCAGCUCUGAAGAUCGAAGGUCUCAAUGUGGUCCCACAGAACCGCUUCUUUAAGCUCCGAGAACAGCCUAAGCCACAAACAUUGGACUCUUCACGGCAAACGAGGAGGCGGCUACCUGCUCCACCCUUGAAGGAUAAAGAAACCUAACUGACCGGGCAUGUUGACCACUGCCAUGACCCCUUGACUCCCCCCACACCAGUGCCUUGAGCCCCUUGUCCACGGUACCAUCAGUGUCCAGUAAGAGGGUUGCUACCCUGCCACCAAGACACUACAGAGUACAGACUAACAGUUUUACCACUACUUCUGGCACUGUGGAUAAAGACAAGAGUUGUACAUUUCUUAAUAAUGAGAGAUAGUAGCUACAUACUUUAUGUAAAUUUGAUGUAAAAACAAAGAAGAAUGGAUUAAGUUAAGAAACAAAGCAGUUUUUAUCGAAUCUUUUUCUUAAAUAUGCUGUUGAGUGAAAUGUCAAUCAUCUCUUUGUUAUUGGACCUUCCAACCAAUCGGUGACCAGAGCCAUGUUUAUAUAGCUGAAUGAGAAUGUUGUUAUGACGAUGGAGAUGUAACUCUAACAGAUGUGUGGCUAUUGUCUGAAAGGCAAGAUAUGAUUUAUACUACUGCUUGUUUUAACAUGUUUUUAACAGUUAACCUAUUUGAUAAAUAUUUAUAAAAGACACUGGUCUAUCAUUGGUGUGGGAACAAUCAUUACAUAAAAUAGACAGUUAUUGAGGUACGUGCAAAAUAACAUUCCUAAUUUCAAUAAAACAAUCAGCAGUGAUUUCUUAUACUGUAUUAAUUAUCUGUUGAAUAUUGGUCAUACAGAAUAUUAUACUUUCAGGUAGACAAAGUCUCAUAUGGUUGUUAGUUCUUUGGAACCUUGUGCAUCUGAUGUAUGAAUUUACAUUGUA